AUGUGGCAUAAUGAACCUUUGGAAGUAAAAAUAAAGUUCCACCUUUUUGCUGAUGCUGCAAAAUUAGAACAUAUACAAAAAUAUCUUGAAUACAAAUAUCAACCUCGUCAUCCACAUGAAAAGAGAAGGAGGAGGACUAGUUCAUCAAAGAAUAGUAUUUCAAAUCAAAAACAAGUAAAAGCAGAAAUGAACGGGGUUGAAUCUUGUUCCAAGUUAUUGAAUAAUGAUUUAAAUUUGUCAAACGAGCAUUUGGUAAAUUUUCAGGAAACUAUACUUCCUUCUGAAUAUGAAAAUUUACUUUGGAAUUCAACUCACCCAAACUUAUCAGGAAAUUUAAAUAACAUAAAUCAUGAAAGCAAUAAUUAUUAUUAUCAUUUUUGUAUUUCCCCCAUUACUUUUUCGCAAUCUUAUCAUGACAGUUUUUAUCCUUAUCCCAUCCCUAUAUAUACUUCUAUGUAA